GGUCCCUGCGCUGGAUCGCGCUGGUCGCUGAGCAGGUCCCUUGGGGGUCGCGACGACCCCAGCGGACCUGGUCACCCUCGUCUCCCCGCCAUGGAGACCUCCGUACACAAGCAGCAGCAGCAGCAGCAGCCCGCGGCGGCCAAGAUCAGGAACCUGCCCUGGGUUGAGAAAUACCGGCCGCAGACACUGAAUGAUCUUAUUUCUCAUCAGGACAUUUUGAGUACCAUUCACAAAUUUAUCAGUGAAGAUCGGCUGCCGCACCUGCUUCUCUAUGGUCCUCCAGGGACAGGAAAGACGUCCACCAUCCUAGCCUGUGCUAAACAGCUGUACAAAGAGAAAGAAUUCGGCUCCAUGGUCUUAGAGCUGAAUGCUUCAGAUGACCGAGGAAUCGAUAUCGUUCGGGGACCAGUCCUGAGCUUUGCUAGCACAAGGACAAUAUUUAAGAAAGGCUUUAAACUAGUGAUCUUGGAUGAAGCUGAUGCCAUGACUCAGGAUGCCCAGAAUGCCUUGAGGAGAGUGAUUGAGAAAUUUACUGAAAAUACCAGAUUUUGCCUCAUCUGUAACUACCUGUCAAAGAUCAUCCCGGCCUUGCAGUCUCGAUGUACAAGGUUCCGAUUCGGUCCCCUCACUCCUGAACUCAUGGUUCCCCGCCUGGAACAUGUUGUAGAAGAAGAGAAAGUUGCUAUAAGUGAAGACGGGAUGAAGGCACUUGUAACUCUCUCCAGUGGAGAUAUGCGAAGGGCCCUGAACAUUUUGCAGAGCACCAAUAUGGCCUUUGGAAAGGUGACAGAGGAGACUGUCUACACCUGCACAGGGCACCCGCUCAAGUCAGACAUCGCCAACAUUCUGGACUGGAUGUUGAAUCAAGACUUCACCACAGCCUACAGAAAUAUCACGGAGUUGAAAACUCUGAAGGGCUUGGCGUUACAUGAUAUCCUGACGGAGAUACACUUGUUUGUGCACAGAGUUGACUUCCCAACUUCAGUUCGAAUACAUUUAUUAACCAAAAUGGCAGACAUUGAGUACAGACUUUCUGUUGGCACCAAUGAGAAGAUUCAGCUGAGUUCCCUCAUUGCUGCUUUUCAAGUCACCAGAGACCUGAUUGUCACAGAGGCCUAGAUGUAGAGGACCCUUUGCUACAGCUGUCAAGCCCAGCAGUGACUGGAGAACAGGGGACUUAGUUACUGGCCCCGAGGCCAGGGGAUGAAGCCAUCAUCACCCCAAGUCUUAGAAGACUGUUCCAGGCGUGAGUGGGCAGACGUUUAAUAAGUAGCAUGUUUGGGGCUAUUUGGAGCAGGGAGGUACAAAACAAUUUUAAUGUAAAACUCUCUUAUUGUGUUUCAUAGGGGAAAUAAAGCAAAAACCUUUUUUUUCAG